GUUGCAGGAUGUGGAGCUCUUCUCUGCAUGUGGGACGAACCUAACCCUGUCGUCCAAUCGCAGUUGAUUAAAGAGCCAAAGAAAAGUUAGUGUUUCUCUGUUCACACCACUUCAUGGAGGCAGUGUUAUGCUGUGGAUCAACACAAGGAGAAGUCUUUCCUCACAGUUUGGUGGCACACAGAGAUCUCUAUGGCUCAAGAAAGUCGCUCGCGUACAGUACAACCGACAGUCCUCAUUGGUCGGGCUCUCCUGAGGCUGCAGGAUGCUGUCGCCGUGAUAUUGUCAACUGUCCAGCAGAGAGUCAUACGGAGCUUUGUUUUGUUCUCUGUCAUUGCGCUGAUCCUGACCCUCGCUGCCUUCUUAUACGGGAGCUUCUACUACUCGUACAUGCCCGUGGCGUCUUUUUCCUCACCUGUUAACUAUUACUACAGGUCAGACUGUGAAUCUCCCGGCUCUUUUUUGUGCACUUAUCCAGUGGCCAACAUCUCUCUGACGAAGAACAAGAAACCUGUGCUGUCGUUUGGCCAGGCCUAUCAGAUCUCUUUGACCCUGGAGAUGCCUGAGUCUCUAACCAAUCAGGAGCUGGGGAUGUUCGUGAUCAGGACGACCUGUUUCUCUCAGGAGGGAGGCCAGGUCGCCUCCUCUGCUCGCACUGCAAGACAACCGCUGUCCGCCUCCAGCACUCGCAUCAGCAUGCUGCGAUACCGCUCAGAGCUGCUGAAGACGUUGGGAACGCUGCUGUUCCUCCCUGCCUUCCUGAUCGGAGCCACUGAGCAGAAACAAGUGCUGGAGGUGGAGCUCUUCUCCGACUACACAGACGACCCUUAUGCCCCCUCCGUCACAGCCGUUGUUGAGAUCCUGUCCACCAGGGUGCAGAUCUACUCAUCUGAGCUCUACGUUCAUGCUCAUUUCAACGGAAUUAGAUACUUGUUGUUCUACUUCCCUGUCACAUCGGCCCUGGUGGGCGUGUCCAGUAACUUCAUCUUCCUCAGCGUCCUCUUCAUCCUCAGCUACCUGAGGCUACUGGCGGGAGAGGAGUGGAAGGUGGAGCAGCCGGGAGGACAAGCACAGCAGACAUCACUCAGAACAGAUGGACCUGAGUCAGAGAGGGAAAAGAACAUGAACAACCAUCAAGAUGAUGAAAAAGAAGUUGCUGCCGGUACAAUUAAAUAACUCAGACACACUGGCAAAGGCACAGAGAUAUUUUAUGUUAUUUUUAGCUAUUAGCAUCAUUCACUUGUAGCAUGUUUGACUGCAGAAACAAAUUCUUUGACCGGUACGGCAGAGCUGCUGGAACCCCUCCAGGUAACCCCCACAAAUCAGAGCUGGAAGAGGCCUGAUUGCACUGUGGCAGCACAGUGACAGCACAGAGCAGCAGAACAUAAAUAUAUAUAUAUAUAUGUUGUCAGGAGGGAAUAAAUGAAUUAGAGGCAGCCCGAGGACAUUAGAGAAGAAGAGAGUGGGAACAAAGAGAGCAAGAUGUAAUGAUCAAGAUUUAAUAGCGAUAUGUCGUUGAAAAUUACUCCAAAAGAGUAAAUCCAAUUCUGACAGAAAUCCUGAGGAGCGACCUUUACUUUCAAAUGUUGUCAAUAUAAUUGUCAGAGAAAACAUUUCAAAUUCUAAUUAAAACAUAUUGGGCAAACUAUGAAUCCUUUUUAAUGUACAAAAAUAAUUUUAAUUGAUUGCAUUUUAUGUCAAAAUGCUUGUGUCUUGUCCUGUCUAGAAUCGACUCUGUUUACCUGCUGCA